GGGCAGUGUUGUGCCGUAAAGGCUACAAAACGUCGUAAAACCCCACAGACGAAGAAGAAAACAUUCGGCGGCUCUGACGUCAUCACGUACAACGUGUGGCACUGAGGCAACAUGGACCUGAAUGGAGAUGACGAGGACUUUGAGUGGGAGCCUCCGACAGAGGCAGAGAUGAAGGUGAUCCAGGCUCGCAGGGAGCGACAAGACAAAAUCAGCAAGCUGAUGGGAGACUACCUGCUGAAAGGAUACAAGAUGCUGGGAGAGUGCUGUGAUGUGUGUGGGACAAUUCUUCUCCAGGACAAACAGCAGAAAAACUACUGUGUGUCAUGUCAGGAGCUGGACUCUGAUGUUGACAAGGACAACCCUGCUCUGAAUGCCCAGGCAGCGUUGUCCCAGGUGAGAGAGCGGCAGCUCGCGGCCCAGUCCCCUGCACCGUCCCAAGCCCAAGAACUCAGUGGAGGUCUCAGCCAGCCAAAUGUGUCAGUACCCAGACCGGAGCACUGCGAGGGGGCUGCUGCGGGAGGAAGAGGCCUCCUACUUCCACCCGCCGCCCUACCUCCACCCACUACCCCGUCUCCAUCAGCUCCUGCCACCACCACAACCCCAGCACCUGCUCGUCCUCCAGUUUCUCCGCAGAGUGCUGCCAUCCAGCCGGUGGUGCAAGAAGCAGAGGAAGCUGUGCUAGCUAAACUUCGCUGGGCCACUAACCAGCUACAGAGUUCGGCCUCACUGGAGGCGAGUAUCCGGCUCUGCAGCCUCAUCACCAGCUGUGCCAGCUCGCUGCGCAGCCUCAAGGAGCUCAGCCAGUAAAAGGUUGAAACUAUGGAUUGAUGGGAGUGCUGUUUCUGCUCGCGUCUGUCCUGGAAUACUGACUCUGGUUCACUCUCGCUGACUGACAGAAUCCUUGCAUAGAGCUGAAGUCAGAUCUGGUCAGGAAAUGCACUUGAAAAAGGAUUUAAAAUGUCAAAAGUUGCUCUUCAGGUGGCAGAAAUAUCAUGUUACAUGUUACGUCUCUUCAUGUUCGAACAUUUGACUGGGCAAUUUGUAAGCUACGAUGAUAAGAACAUAACAUUUAUCAAUGCACAUUCAUCAUUGGUACUCAUUCAAAACCAUCUGGCCAAUAAAAGAGAAAUGUGUGUACUUAAUAUAGUAUCAGGAUCCAUAUAUCCAUAUUUAAUUGGCUUUGAUUAAUCCAAAAUUGCUGCUAACCAGAAGUGAUGUUUGUUCUCUGAUUGUUUUGUAGCAUCAUCAAUCAAACCGUUCAGUAAAUGAUUGAACACACACACACACACACACACACACACACACACACCUCUGUGAUCAGACCCUCACUGCUGCAUUCUGCUACUCUACUGUUCAGCCUGGUUUCUCUGGUUUUCUGACCGUCUGGUUACGCAAAGAUUGUCACUGUUCGUUUGCAGUUCUGAGGCUUUUAUUGUAAAUAUAUUAGACACAUGAUGGUUUGCGUGAUUCAGUGAGACAGGAUUCGUAUGACUCUUUAUUCAUUCAGAGACAUCUAGAGCAAAACAAACUGCGCUGUACAUCGAUAGACGGCAGAUUAAAUGAAAGUCAGCUUCAGUGUUUGUUGGAGGCAGUUAAGAGUUUUCUAAUUUUGUACCUGAAUAAAGUCUUGGUGUGUUCAGGAGCGCUGCAGUUUGUUGUUUUCCACAAGAGGUCGCCAAAUGCCAAAACAAAGCAUCAAGUUUAAUUUGAGAAAACGCUGUAAUUAAAACAAGCACCAAUAAAACACGUGAACUGCA